AAGAAUGUAAAUGUAGAAUGAAAAAAAAAGUAAAAGAUAAAACAAAGAUGGCGGGAGGUGAAGUUGAGAAGGCGCAGUCCGCCGCUCCUGGCGGCGAUACUAUAUUCGGGAAGAUACUAAGGAAGGAAAUACCAGCGAAAUUCGUCUACGAAGAUGACCAAUGCGUUGCUUUCCAUGAUGUUAAUCCCCAAGCUCCUACGCAUAUCCUGGUGAUUCCGCGUAAACCAAUUUCUCAGCUCUCGAAGGCUGAAGAUGGCGAUGAGAAACUGCUUGGUCAUCUUCUUAUCGCUGCCCGCAAGGUAGCGCAUCAGGAAGGGCUAGAUAAGAGCGGCUUUCGUCUAGUCAUUAACGACGGAAAGAAUGGAGCACAGAGCGUCUAUCAUCUUCAUAUUCACAUCCUAGGUGGCCGUCAGAUGCACUGGCCACCUGGUUAAGUUAAUGUUGUUAAUUACGUAAAAAUAAUAAAGCGUUUUCUUGUUCA